UCUGACAACCAAGAACAGAGCGGACCUGGUUCAAGCGCUGGGUACGGUCUGAGAUCGCGGAGAGUUUGAACGCCCGCCGCGGUUCGCCAGGCGAGAACUAUCGAGCAUGGAUGUCACGAGGGCUGUUUGAAGAACGGUCGAAGUUCGAGUUGGGAAGUUUUAGUUCCGAGUGUCAAGUUCUCCGGUUUUUCCUAGAUCCUCGUGGUUCGCGUGUGGUCAAAGGCUGAAAAAUAUAUCAGCGUGAAAUUCGUGUCGUGCGAGAUAUACACAUACGUACAAAGAGAUGAGCAGCAGGGUAUGACUGCGGAGUGGUGUUGUGGUGCGGUAUAACAGUUCGUAAAUCAAAUCGAAUGCGCAGUAGGCAAGUUGGCACCAAACUUCUAUUACCUCUUUCCACUUCUGCUGAUUUUUAUAGCCAUUACUAUCACUAUUAUUUCUCUUCUUUCUUACGCGGCAGUACAGCGCAGAACAUCGUUAAAGCAGACGAACGCCAAGUUCGGCCAGACUGUUCGACCCGGAUCUUGGUGAACUUGACCUUCUGGCAAAUCAGUGCGGUUUUUUUAAGCUCUAGUGAUCCACCUCGAAUGGCAGGGGCAAUAGGUGCGGGAAUUUGCGAUAGCCGUAGUUGAGACUCGAUUUAAUCCAACGUUGUUAUUGAGUUUCAACUUUAACCCCUGGCGACAAAGCGCGGCCGAGGAGGCUCACGAUAAGGUCUGAAAAGUUGAAGAACGGUGAACUCGAAGAGAGACGGGCGUGCGCUCUGACCGAUGAACAAAUGUGAUAUAUAAAAACGCUAGCUUCUUCUUCCUCCCCUGGUGGAAGUCUUGAACGAGCAGAUGAAUACAGGAAGAAUGGCUGGAACGGAAAACCGCGGUGAAACUUAUUGUUAAUCCGACGAAAGAGCGAGUAGAAGCAAACGACGUACACGGAAUAGCGAGAUUCCGUUCGUCACUAGUGAGUUACAGCAGUUGGCGAAGUGUUUGACCGCCGUUUCGCGCGUGCACGGUUAUACGGAGUGUUGAAGGGACGAUAUGUGAACCCGCCGGGAUGACGGCUUGAUGGGGGUGUGAAUCAGUGCGGGGUGAAUUAUCUCUAUGAUUAGUUACAAUUCAACGUCGAUAUUAUCUGCCAGCGGAUACCCGUCGGCGACAGCUAGAUUAACGACGGGAAAAAAAUAAGAGGCGGAAUAUUUGGAGAUCGAAAAAAUGAGCUGAGAGGCGGACAUGACUAUGAGAAGAAGUCCGAAGGCCUUGGGGGCCGCCAUAUUGGUUCUUCUGUUCCGUUCACUAAAUGCAGCAUCGCUUCCCGUUGUGAAACCGUAUCCAAGGCUGGAGGACUUACCGAAAAACCUCUGGCACGAGCUGAGCUCUCCUUUCACCGAGGUCUACGAAGAGGAAAGUCUCGCGACUGAAAUCGGUGCGACUCCGGAGCCUCGUCCUUUCUUCGAGGACGCGGACAGCAAUAUAACAGCCCAGUUGGGAACACACGUUCACAUGCAUUGCCGAGUACACGAUCUCCGAGAUGGAACGGUUUCUUGGGUCCGUAAGAGGGGCGACGAGCUGCACCUUCUGACCUUCAAGACGUUCACGUACUCAAACGACGCUAGGCUGUCGCUUGAUUAUCAACCCCCAAACGACUGGCGCCUCCUGCUGCGCUACGUGACCGAGUUAGACGCCGGAGUCUACGAGUGUCAGGUCACCGCCCAUCCCCCGCUGAUCAGGGUCGUUUACCUCACUGUUUCCGUGCCGAAGGUGGAGAUCGUCGACGAACGCGGGGCAACCGCGGGGGACAAAUUCUACAAGGCCGGAAGUACGAUAGAGCUGAAAUGCGUUGUCAGCAAAGUGCCGCAUCCGUCCGGCUACGUCACAUGGCGUCAUGGCUCUCGCAUGCUCAACUACGACACGACUCGCGGAGGAAUCAGUGUAAAAACUGACAUGGGAGCGGAGGGCGCUGUCUCCAGACUCUACAUUGCUAAUGCAAAUAAAAAGGACAGCGGUAAUUAUAGCUGCGCCCUCGCUGACGUGGCCGCCACAACAGUUUCCGUCCACGUGCUGAACGGGGAAAAUCCGGCAGCAAUGCAACACGGUGGGAGCGCCGGAUUGCGGGCGGCAUUUGCACUCACCUUCGCCCUCUCGAUCAGUUCGCUUUUGAGGUGACCACACAGUUUCAUCUGCAACUGAAGAGAUACUUGUUAAAUUUACGAAUAAAUAAUAUAUGUAUGGUGCUAAUCGUUAGCUUGCCGUCACGAGAAUGAAAACGAGAAGAGAUCAAAAAAAUCCGCGUCAAAUGCGACGACGCAUAUUACAUAACCCGAUAAGACAUAGAUGAUAACGUAUAGAUAUAAAGUGAUGCGUUUUACAGAGAAACAUAUAACUAUAAUUGUGUCGGAUAAGAAGGAUAGAAUUAACGAGAAUAAAUUUAAAAAAAAAAACAAACAAAUUAUGUGUCUAUCUGUAUAAUUAUUAUAUUAAU